AUGCUAUCUCUAUUGGAACAGAAAUUCUACUACUUCUUCUUCCUUAUUAAUAUCCCGAUAAGCACUAUCAUCGAUUCAACAUCUGUCAUCCCUGAAAAAUAUCACCUGGCCCCAGGCCUACUCAAUUGGCAUAUUAGAACCAAUAAUGACUUCAUUCUAUAUGAGAACGACACAAUCCUUAAGGUUUUCACCGCUAUAGAAUUACUUUUCCAAGUUCCUUUUUACAUCUUCGCUACAAGAAGUCUUUUAAAAUUCUGGAAACUCUCCUCAAUGAACACGGAUGAAGCGAAAGCCGCUCGUUUUACAUUGUGGCAUAAACUAGCUGUGCUUAUGCGCCUUUACGGUUUAAACGCCUCGAGCACCACGCUGUACCUGCUUUGGCAAAUCUGGCACCGUGGCUACUACCCUACAACCGGCCUUCCUAUGUCCCCACAAGAUAAAUUGAAACUUGGCCUACUUUACUUGCCCUACUUCUUGCUUCCUGUCAGACUAAUUUUCGCGUAA